AUGCCGAAUACAACAGCAAACCAUACGCGCGGAUUUAAUCCUAUUCAACCAUACGUUUGGUAUUGGGUUUUGAGGGGAAUCAUUGCAUUGUUAAGUAUCACUGGGAAUGGACUUGUCAUCUACUUCGUUGUAUCCAAACGACGCCUACGUGUAAGCAAUAACUGGUUCGUGCUCUCCCUGGCAGUUGCCGAUUUUUGGGUCGGUUUGUUUACAACGCCGAGUGAACUUGUUUGCACGCUUUACUAUCGUUGCGAUUGGCGUUUUCAGUUCUCAUUUUACAACUUUCUUCUCCUUGCCUCUACGUUAAAUUUGUGGGCAAUGGCAAUAGAUAGAUAUGUUGGGAUUGUACAUUCUUUGCGUUACAGAUCACUCAUGACAGGCAGACGAGUUUUUGCAAUGAUAAGCAUGGCGUGGGCAAUCUCACUUAUUGCGCCGUUUGCACGUCUAAUUUGGUUGUUUAGUGAUUCCCCUGCUCUGAAAAAGAUCGACAAAUACUAUCGAGUUGCUCUUGAUCUUUUCUUCGGCGUUUUCUCGUGUGUCGUACUGUUAUUCAUUUACAUCCGCAUAUUGUUCAUUUCUCGCAAACUCUCGAGACAAACAGCCUCACAAAUGAAAGACAUUAACUUCAAUCACGGUCAGAGUGAAGAUCGCGACAUACAGAAUAUCUCAUCAAAACGUCGUCGACGGCCUCGAAGAAAUUCAACUUCAAUUGCGGUUCUUGGAUCAGUGAUUUUCUUAUUUGUUAUGUGCUACAGUUUAAACAUCUAUAUUUCUUUUUGUUCAAAUUUUCAACUUCGCUCAGUAAGCACUUUAGUCGGUUUAAUUUCUUUGUUAUUGGUACACUGUAACUCGUGCGUUAAUAUAGUGGUGUAUGCGUUCAUGAAAAGUGAUAUUCGCAGAGAAUUGAAGCGCUUGUGUCGAUGUGGAAGCCCAAGAGAUCUUCAGUCUCAGUCAAGAGAAUUUUCUCUUAAUCAAGCUGGAAAUACGAGUGGUACGUUGUAACCUUUUAACUUAUUAUAUCGUCACUCUUUUUUCGUAACAGUAAGUGUUAUAUCAAUUUAGGAUGGAAGAUGUUUAGCAUACUAAUUUAUAAAAUAAUUCAAAUAGUACGCGCGCUCUGAUUGGCCAUUAAACCAUUUUACAUGGGCGUAUGUAAACACGGUUUUCGUUCCUCUUUCAUUAGUUAUUUUAUAAAAGAAAUGUAAAAUGGUUUCCUUGUUUACAUGGCCUGAUGUAAACACGGAAACCAUUUUACAUUUCUUCAGUAAUUAAGGGGAAAAGUUUCUAAAGAAACUGUGGUGCUGAGUCGAUGGGGUAGAAUAAAAGAUAAUUUGAUUUUAUCAACUGAGUUGAUAAUGUAAAUUUGCCUCCGUAAAGAGUUUCAAAGCUGACGUUUCGAUUGAAAGCCCUUCUUCCUUUGCUCUGACUCAGAAUUGGAAAAGGACUUGAAUGCACAAGUAUAUUUGAUCGUGAUCCGCGUAUAAUUUUUUUAAAGAGGCGUAUAUGAAAAAAGAAAAUAAAACGAUGAAAAAUGGAGCUCGUAUUUACACAACUCUGAUCUUGUUCUUCAUUUCUAGUUGACCUUCGUUAGUGCCUUGAGUAAAUUGAUAUUUCUUUUCAUGAUGUCACAUCAUUGCAAACUUCUAUCGGAUAUAUAUUAUGUCACCCGAGUUAAUCUUCAGACUAACAGGUUAAACAACGACCUUUAAGGACUAAAAACUUCGGGAUGUGAACGACAGAGUGAUGAACAGGAUAAUCUGAAACCGUAACACUUAAUCAUUAGCUUCUAAUUUGCUUUCUUCGAUCAGGAAAAAGAGUCAUUUCCGCUGCGAGUUAUGUUAGGAUUAUUUUCCAUGCUAUAAGGGCGGGACAUAAUGAAUUGAAAUGCAAAUUCGCCUAAAAAAAUUUGGCAAGUUCAGCUGAUUAUAAAGGUUAUUUGAUGCUAAGUUUCGGAUCGAUAGCCUCUUUUCAUUCUAGCUCAUUCUGCGGUUCAUUUUUUAAUCUUUUUGCUUAAAUCGCAUGAAAAUUUGACUCCUCCUUUUCCAUUUCGUUUGUUAUGUGUAAAAGGAGUUUUCGUUCAGUCCAGUCAGCAGUUUCUCUUUUCUGUUUCUAAUUGUACACUGACCUUCCCCUCUUUUUUGUGUACGCGAAAUGCAAGUUAGCGCUCUCUUCUGUUUCCGAAUUUAACACUGACCUACCCCCAUGCUUUGUUGAAGUAACACAUCCAUAAAGAGGCUUUCAAAGUCAAUUGUAAACUUCUAUAUUCCAUACUUCUUUAGCUGGUCAACAAGGAAUUUGUGUCCAGGUAAAUAAGGAUUACUCGAUUAAAUCAUUAUUUUCGGUAUUCGUUUGUGGUUUACGAUCAAUACGGACCUUGUUGAGCACUGACAGACCGCCGAGAUCUUCGUCACGCCGUAAAAACUUCAAAAUACUCGAGCUUUGUAACAAAAGGUAGCUUUUGAAUUACCACGGGUUGCCCUUCAAGAUCCUUAUUACAUAUAAGGCAACGCAGAUGAACAAAAACCGAGCUAAACGGCCCUGAAUCAGCCUGAAAAACUCGCUGGGCACCAAAAAACAAAACCUUGAGCUACGGAGGCUUAUUGCGAGCUUGGGCUGCAUAUGAUGUUAUUGGCAGUUUUGUAAAAUCGCAGCCAUAAAGUAUAUCUCUAUACUGCCAUCGAUGAAUAUAGGAAAGACUGAAAAGUUAAGAGAGUAACUUUACCUCUCUAUUCCUUUCAGUCCGUAAAUUAUUUUCAAUGAAUGGGGAACAAUUUACCUCGUCCGGAAACCAAACUACAUCUCACACACUUCAACUUACUUAAACAUCAUUUCUAUAUUAUCCUAAGGCUUGUCCUGUAUAGUGUAUUUGUUACUCCCGGAAUCCAUCAUUAUCCAGACCCAAAUAUUUGAGACGUUUCCGACGUGCAGUUUUUCCCGUGUUAUUGUUAGUUUUUAAAAGUUUCGUUCUUGCAGUUCUCUUCAAAGUCAUUGAAUCUGAGAGCGUAUUAUCAACUGGUAACAAGCAUAUUUCCUUGAAUUUUUUCGAGGUUACAUUACUUUAGUCCUUUGUCGAUCUUACUUUGACCCUGAUUGAGUGCCUCCAUAACUCUGUUAUGCUUUCGUCAAAACAACGCCGGUCUCAAUAUCUCGUUGUUCUCGCACUUUAAAGUAUUGGACUUUCAUCGAGAACACAAUAUCUCGUUGUCAGAACAAAUGAAUAAGCGGUUGUGAAGCCUUCUGAGCAUUGACAUAGCUAACGAAUAAUUUCUUAAAUGGAAUUCUAGUCAAAUCAGUUCCGGAAGAGGAAAUUGAGGGAGGAUGAUGUCAUGAAUAAAAGUUGCCUAUAUUCAAAUUUGACUAUAACCCAUCAGGACUCUCUACAAGCCAAUACCUGAUCUCUAUUACUUCGAAAUCACUACGGUAAACUUUAUGCUUUUAAAACUAUCGAACGCAGAAUAGUAUAAUACUAGUUUUUUUCCUUAUAGGGAACGAAUAGGGAGUGAUUUCCUGACACCUAAAAAAAUAAAUGACUUCGAACAUUUUUUUUAAGAAGACCUCACGCAAACAUGAUAUGAUAAGUAAGUUACGUGAUAGCAUCUCUCCUGAAAAGGGUUUUGUUUACAUCGUUUAUAGAUUAUACGUAACUUGAUGGUUUAAUCAGUUCGACCAAGUUACUAUAUUGCAACCGUGAGACUCGACAACGAGAGGAAUAGGGAGCACAUUGAAGCUACCAAUCGUCGAAACUAAUGAACUGAAUGGUGGCAAAAACAACGAAGAGAGAAACCUGUGAAGCGACUUGAAUGAUGCUGAAAGCAAAUGGACGAAUUCUCAGACAGUUUUGACUGAAACGAUAUGAUUAGACACCAUCUUUGAGAUAAAGAGCGUGGGCGUCUUCUUGAUCAUGGAAAACAUUUCGCAUUCAAGCAACGACUCAAAUAAUUUAGGACAUGAUCUGAUUGAGCCUCAAGUAAUUUGGUAUUGGACCAUCAAGGUUAUCAUCGCUUUUCUAGCAAUUGUGGGUAAUGGCAUCGUCAUCUUCUUGAUCGUUUCAAAACGGCGCCUACGCGUCACGAACAACUGGUUUGUGCUGUCCUUGGCAAUUGCGGACUUUUGCAUUGGCUUGAUAACAACGUCCACUGGAAUCCUUUGUACGUUUGGAUUUCAGUGCGACUGGCGAUUACAAAUUGGAGUUUACAACUUCCUGCUUUACACCUCCACACUAAACUUGUGGGCGAUGGCUAUAGACAGAUAUGUUGGGAUUGUACACCCAUUGCGUUACAUGUCACUAAUGACAUUCAAGCGAGCUUCAGCGAUGAUAGCUAUGUCUUGGUUCACCUCCUUUCUUGCCGCAUUUGUCCGUUUGUUUUGGCUCUACGGUGGAGUAGACAUAGCGAUCGAUAGGUACUAUCGCAUGGUAAUUGAUCUUUUAUUCGGUGUUUUCUCGUGCGUGAUGUUAGUGACUGUUUAUGGGCGUAUCUUUUACAUCUGCCGAGAAAAACUCAGACAAUCAACUACACAAAUAGAUCAAGUAAUUUUCAAUCACUCCUCAAGUGUUCCACAACGCCUUAAAAAGGCCAGAAGAAAUGCAUCAGCAGAAGUUCUAGGACUAGUAAUUUUAUUGUUUGUAAUUUGUUACAGUCUUAGUAUCUAUGUUUCAUUUUGCUUCAAUUUUGAUGUGUGCCACCUCAGUCGUCUUGUUGUUACUAUAGCUUUGUUGUUAGUGCACCUUAAUUCUGCUGUGAAUUUUGUUGUGUAUGCCCUCAUGAAGAAAGACAUACGCCAAGAAUUACAAAGGUUUUGGAGACCGAUGAGAUGUGAUAAUCCUGUUCAUCUAACUGAAUGCCGAGAAGUUACCUUGGUUUAG